UCGACAAAUACAGUUGUUCCAGUUAAUUUUGCAGGAAUAAUGGUGUACCGAUUGAUCUGGAUUCACGCUUGGCUUAUCUUAAUCAGGGUGAACCUGUCUAAUCAAAAUUCUGGCCUUAAGAAAGAUUUUCCAUUUGGCUUUCUUAACCAGACAAAUCAGAUGUUAUUUGAGGGAAAUAUUAGUGAAGCGUUUUACAAUGACCAAAGUAUAAACAAUAUCCAAACUAUAAACAAUGACCAAAGUAUAAGAUCCUCUUGGUCAAUACCUGACUUCUUUAAAGGCUUGAUGGUCACACGCGUCAUGCCCUUGAUCUACAUCUUCAUCAUCCUCAUUAGUUUGCCCCUGAACAGUUUGGCCAUGGCGACGUUCACCUGUAGGGUUCGAGAGAAGAAACCAGCUGUGAUCUACAUGGCUCACCUGGCGUGUGUGGACCUGCUCUUCACCCUGCUGCUGCCUCUGAUGAUCCACUACCGGCUGAAUGCUUCAAACUGGGUGUUUGGUGAGGCGGCAUGUCGUUUGCUCAGUGCAUCUUACUACGGCAACAUGUACUGCUCCGUACUGCUGAUGAUGUGCAUGAGUGUGGACCGGCUGCUGGCCGUGGCAUUCCCCAUCGCCUCUCUGACCUGGAGGACUGCAAGGAGAGCCACAUGCGUAUGUGUGGUGGUCUGGCUGCUGACGCUCGCUGGCAUAGUACCACUUCUCAUGAUGAAACAAACAACUAAGGUUAGGGGUGGCAUCUCCUGCUUUGACAUUUGGGCAGAUUCUUCAAUGAUGUUAUACUUCUUGGUGUUCUUAGUCCUUCUUUGCAUCUGCUUCGUCCUGCCACUGAUUGUCAUCUUAGUGAGCUACUCUAUUAUCAUAUAUGUGCUCUGUGCUAAACGUGAUCACUCAUCAUCUUCCUCAGACAACCGAAGGAGGGCUGCAAUUAUGGCUACUGCUGUGCUGACUGAGUUUGUUGUGUGCUUUGCACCAUCUAAUGGCCUCCUGUUGCGCCACUGUGUUUCCUUACUCAAGGGUGGCAAUGGGUGGGAUACGUACCCACCUUACCUUUUAGCUGUGUGUUUGGGAAGCUCAAGUGUUUUUCUGGACCCUCUGCUGUACUACUACGGAUCAUCUCAUUACAGACAGCAGAUCCGCUCUGUUUUUGGGUCAGCAAGGCAAAAAAGCUAACGUACCAUGAAACACAAUCACAUGCUCAUACAGAAUCCUCUCAUUUAAGCUGCACUGUAAAACAAAAUAGCCUAAAGAAAAAGCAGAUCUCACUCUGUAGUAAGUAAAUGUGUGAAAGAGAGAAAGUAAAUAGACUACUGUGUUACUAGGCAAAUGUUUAGAGUAAUCUGUGACUGUUGUAAUACUUAAUAUGCAAACUAUCUAUUGAUUGAUCGAUUGAUCAUGGCACCCAUAUCCCUGUCUCUCUAUUCUCUAUUAAUAAAUAAAUAAAUAAACAAAAUAACAAAACCUGAAUUACCAUUCGACUGAAUGUGAUCAUUGAUUUUACUGAUGCCUUGGAUCUACAUUUGCGUAGCUGUAAUUUAAAACGGUCCUCUAGGUGAUGGUGUUUAUCUGUCUACCCAACAUUGGCUAAAUAAACUGUACAACUUGUGGUAGACAAAUCUGUUAUUUAAUGUAGUCUUUUAUUUUAAAUUGGUUAUUUUUAAUUUGAUCAUUUUAACUUUAUUAAACUUUAUUUAACUUUAUUAACACGAUAUUUACCACUAAUUUCCUAAAAGAAACACACAGAGGCUGCAGUUCUCCAGGGGGGUGUUCCAGAAAGCAGGUUAUGUGACAUACCCAGGUAUGUUUAAGGUAAGUAAGCGGAUAAACUCAGCUUUCAGUUCCAAAAUCGGAACUAACUAUCAGUCUAAGUAACCAUAGCAACUUACUCUCUGAAGAUAACCUGCUCCGGAGUAGCUUCUGUUUCCGGGUUAGUUCACUUCAGAGCUAUCAGCGCAUGCAUGAUCUACUGACGAGACUCCAGUGGGCUUGACAGAUUGCACGCAAUAUUAUAUAUUAUUAAAAUAUAGUUAUCAAAUAUACUAUAUAUUUGUAUGAUGUGUUACAGUUUUUCUCAGUCGCUUUGGUGCAUUUCUCGAAUCAUCCUAAAUACUUGUGUAACCCUCAACACUUCAAGACAGCACUGCUUUAAUUUGUUAUUGCCCCUUAAGUGAAUGUGAUGAGAGACUACGCACAGCAUGUGAGUGUCUUAUUUCCUCGAUAAAGAUUAAGCAUUUCUGUUGUGAAGAAUAUUCUUUGAGUAUAUGCUUUAUUGUUACAUACACAAGCUGAGAGAGUUGCCGAAGUUUAAGAAAUACUUCUCAUUCCUUUCUGUGGUUCAUUGUUUUCCAAUACAUUCUGGUGAGUCGAUUUUGUUGUCAUUGUAGUACUAUCUGAAAACAAUACCAGUCAGAGUGUGAUUGUAUUGAAGGAAAUACAGUUAAAUUAGUGUGUAACUGUGAUGUAAAGUUGAUAAGAGAGCAGCUAAGCGCAGCUAUAUGGUGCUAGCUUUGCUAAUCAUGGUGAGCACGCGGUGUCCGAUGCCCCAUAUGAAUCAUAUUUUUUCCCACGUUUAAGUGGAACUGUUAGCGAUUUAAGAUGUAAUUAAUUUUGUUUAUUUGAUCUGUAUUUUGAUUUGUGUUUUGUCACAAUGUGUGGAAAAAAAGAGCUUAAAUCAUAUUUAUUUCCCAAACUUUAUUUUGUAUUAUAAAAAGGGACAAAACAUGCAUACAGAAUGUACAAAAUACAUUUGACUUCUCUCAUUAGUAAUGGUUUAAAUGUUCUGACGAAGUUGUUGUUAUUAAUUUGAGAUGUACACUUUUUUCAGACUGUUUUUUUCCCCUUGACCUAUUCGUUGGAUGAUGAUACUGGGACUUGAGUUCUCUGAGUAGUUCCUCCAGGAGUGAGUUCCUUUCAAACAGACGUCUAUCAGCUCUUCAUCUCGUCAUCUAUCAACUCUUCAGUUCUUCAUUCAUACAUCUUUGAUAAACUGAAUGCCAUUCCUAAGGGAGCGAUAGGACUGAGACAUUUCUUUUACACGCACAUCACAAGGAACUGAGUUUUUUCAAAGUUUGGACUCUCCAUUUAUUUUGGGUCACAGUUGUGCUGAACUGGUUUAUCAGUUUCCAAGUGUAAUUAUUGCUGGGUAUUGUGUUAUUGUACACUGUUGGUUUCAUCAUUUUUUUUGAAGUGCCGGGAAACGGAAGCAUUCAAAAUAAUUGCUUCAAAUACACUUUCCUGGUUAGCAUAACGUUGUGUGUGGUGUUACAUUUAUUUAUCCCCCUCCCCCCCGGGGGAAUAAGCCGGGGUUACAUUUGCAAAGAAGUAUGUGCUUUUCUCAAAACAGUUUGUACAAACAGCAUCACACAAUGGAUUACCUGCCUGUAACUUACUCAAAAUCUUUAGUUCAUCUCUCAAAAGUAUUUAUGUCAAUGAACAUAU